AGUCUCAUCUACAUUGCGAGAGAGUGUGGAGCUUGUGGAUUAGAGUUACUUCGGACUUGUGACCAGAUUGUCUCUGUCCCACACACGGAUAGCACACCAAUUGGUGCAUGCAGCUGCACCAAUUUUUCCCAAAUCAACCUGGAUUUCUCUGGUCAAAAAAUUGAGGGAUUGUGCCAGGGUUUGAGGGCUUCCUCGGUGGAAGAUUGUUCAGCGUCCAGUGAAGUGAUUGUUUUCGGUGAAAAGUCUGUGCUUCUGUUUUUUUGUGGACACUUCUCUGGAGAGGAGCUUUUUUGAGUGUUGAAAAUGGUGCCAAGAUCGCCGUGACGAUUUUCUGCACACAAUGAAAGUUCCACCAAAAUUAUCAAUAUCACAUUUUUGGAUCAUUACUCUGUGGUGUGGUUUUGGACUUGUCGUCUUUGGAACAUUCGCCGUGAUUUCUUGUUGGAUUCGAAGAUGCAGGCACAGUGUCCUGAGGUAUCAGUACACCGCGCUGGAAAGUGGGACCUGUGGCCAGGACAGAAAUCCAAGAGAAAGAGCGGCGAGAGAACAGGCGUUGACCGCCAGUCAGACAUGGAUUCAGCAAUCUGGAGGACGCUACGAAGUCAUCGUGCAUCUCGAUGACAUCGGAUCGAGGACCAAUAAGCACUGGUUCCUUCUUAAGGAUGCCACUGUUCGAACUGAUCGCUUAAUGACCCUACUUCCAAUACCUCCCGAUUGCAUUGCCUUAGAAGAACUGCCACCUUCCCAGUGUCUCAAGGGCGUCUUCAUGGAGCUGCUCGGAUCUCUGCAGCAUCCCUAUAUUUAUCCCGUCUUAGAUUUAGGUUUUUUAAACUACGAAUCUCGCAACUAUGCCUGCCUCGUAAUGCCCUUCAAUCCCCGUGGCAGUCUCAAAGACCUCAUCUACAAGAGUCAGUGGAAUGAGCCAUGGUGUCGGAAGUAUACGAGGAAAUCCACAUGUUUGCCAAUAUCUCAAGUACAACGAUUGGGACGACAAAUUCUGGAGGCGUUACUCUUCCUGCGAGAAAGGGGUUUUUCCUCCCACGGACAUCUCCAUAGUGGAAAUGUUAUUUUGCAAAAUGGUGUAGCACGAUUAUCUGGCCUGGAGAACGGAAUCCUGGGCCUCAACUCGAAUAUCAAUGCAAUAGUUUGGUCAAAAAGUCGCAAUGAGUUGGACAAUAUCGAUGUGAUUUGCUUUGGGCAUCUGCUCUUUGAGAUGUGCUGUGGAUAUGAGCUGGCAAUGCCACAACCAUCUCCUGGACAUAUCCAGCUGGAUCUAGAGCGAUAUCCACAAGUAGCUGAAGUUCUGCAGAUGAUCUUUGACUCUCCCGAUGGUCGGUAUCCUUCCGUUGAAGAUCUGGUUAUGCAUGAUCUCUUUAGAAAUAUCGAUCUGAGGGAAUUGAGAGGAACCUGUGUCCCUUCUUUUAAGCAUGGUUUGAGUAGUUCCACCAUGAGUAUCCUGCAAGCUGUUCAAAGGCGUCAAGGAAGCUUUUUUGGGGGUUCCUACAGUGAAGGCAGUUCCCCAUGCACUCCUCCUUCAACUCCCAGAAUGGGCAGGAAACUCGAGGAUUCCGACACGCCCAGCUUCUCGAGUCACUCAGAUAUUAUGGAAGAAGUCACUGUGGCUGCCACUCACUAUGAACCCAUGCACUCUCCUCUGCAUUUCUGUGAGAAUUCCACUGUCCAGAGAGAUUUGGCUGAUGAUGCUGAGGAGGGCUGUUCUUCCUCCCAAAUCCACCAAACCCCCAAUCAACUCACAACGACCAGUGCUAGCAAGAAUAGCAAGAGUAGGAGGAUGGAGUACUCAAUGCGUGGCAUGAAGCUGGAUGUUAGCAAUCCUUCCCAGGACUCAGCAUUUGGAUCAAUGACCGAUGGUGAUAUCUCUGUUGCUUCCUCAAGCUUUCGCUUAAAUAGCUUUCAAUCCGUUACAUCGCCAAUUGACGAAGGUGUUGAGGAUCUCACUGAGUCCAGGGAAGCUCGAGAUCCUCCGCAAAAACUCCCUUCGACCUGCCUGGAACCCCCAAUUCUUCUGGUCAAUGACCAAUGCUCAAUCUACACAACAUCACCCCUUCGACGUGGAGGAACCGUUGAAGUAUUCUCCCAAAAAUAUAGAGUAUCCUCUUUUGAGGAUGUUCCCAAGACUUGUCAGGGCCUCAAGAGGGACAAGUACACCUUCCGGUCAUUUGAAGAGGAACGUCGCAUUGAUCUAGCUUUUGCGCCAAUCACAAAAAGUGCUAGCACAGCUUCGACGGGUAAAAAUAAAUUGUCUACGAGUAGGAGUUCUUUAGUGAGGAAUGAGAAAUUUAAGAGGCUCACACAUGCGGCAUUCUCAAGUCGGAUGGCUGGAAGUAGGCAUGUCCUGUGGAAGAACAGUAUUAUGGCUCGAAAAGAAACCAAAUCCAAUGAAUCCCUGCUAGAUACUUCGCCUACGCGUUCCCUGGAGACUAAAGUUAGCCCUGUACGAGAUUUGGUCGACACACUGGCACCCUGGAACUCUUGGAAAUCCCGGUCAGAGCGUACUCUCUUCUCCCUGGCGGACUUCAAACAGUCAGCUCUGGAGACAAGUUCCUGUCAUGCCGGAGACUUCACUUCAGACGAUGAAGAAAGCUCUACCCGGAUAGUCAGCAGUGGCGAAAGCUCAAGUCGCGAGAAGCAGGAGAAGGAGCCCGAGAAGAGUUUGGAUUCGAGUGAUGAAGUUGAGGAUGAGAGUGACUUUCUCUCCUCAUCCUCACCCAGUCACGAAUACAUGUGCAAGCUGAUUGGGAGCGGAGGUGAGGAAACGCCACUGCUCGAGGGCAUGGAAAUGUCCCCAAUUUCGCCCAAGGAAUAAUCUCCCUGUCUUCAUUCCCCUUUCUUGGGCAUAUGUGAUAAUGCGUGCUGUAUUUAUGAAUAUUUCUCAUAACUUUUUUCAAACUCCAGGAAAUCCUCGAGAUAGACUUUCCAUGAAAGGACUUUAACAGCAUUUUUAAUGUGGUAGGGAUAUUAGUCUACCCUUUAUUUGAACCAAGAGGUUAUAUUGAAUGUGAGGUUAUGUUGGGGUUAACCUAAAAAAAAGUUGAUGGCAAGAAUUGAAAUUUCUUGUCCGAAAACAGUAUUAUUAUAUACGGAUAAUAAAUGCAAAUUGCAUACAUGGCAAAGAUUUUACAAAAUGUUAAGAAACAACUAACAAACAACAGAGUUUUGAGGUUAAUUCUAAAUAACAUAACCUCAUAAUAUGCAAUUACAGUGCCCGCUUUGUAAUCCGGAUGAUUGGGCGACAAUAUGAUGUUCGCUUCGUAAUCCGGAUGGAUUCAAAGUUCAAAGUAAAAAAGAAAAUUAAAAAGACAUAGUUAGUGAAUUCUAUGCUAUUAUACUUCAUUUAUUAAACAAAAACUUCACAAGAAAAUUUAUUUUCAUUGGUAAACAGACAUGCAUACAUAACCUCAAAAAUAUUUUAUAUGUAACCAUCGAGAACUCGUCCGGAUUACGCCGAUCCGGAUUAGAGAGCGGGCACUGUACCUUUCAAUCAAAUUAAUAAAUGAGAGAUUAUUUGAUCUAAUUUUAAAGUAUUAAUUUUUUUUAUUUGUAGAGCAAUUUGUAUUGUGUAGAAAAGAAUUCGAGAAUGAAAAAGCUUCCAAGGUAUUAAAUUCUGAAUAAAUCCCCAUUGCCUAACCGACAAGCUAACCACAAAAGUAAUAAUAAAAUCACAGUCACUUUCACGGGGUUUUCAAAUGCAAUUCUAUAGAAGUUGAUCCAGAUUAUUCCAUUAAGGACAUAUAACUUAACUGUUCUAUUUUUAUUUAACGAACAUCGAGAAAAAUCAGACAUGUUUUGAUGCUCAAUGAUGUUUAACAAUUUUAUUAUUUGGACCGUAUUUCAGCUGGCAAUUUCGAGGUUGUAUUUAGCCUAAUCAGAAAAAAGUAGAAUAGUUCCAAUUAAUAAGAUCAAAUUUUAUGCCAAAAAUUCGAUAAUUGAAAUUCAAAGUUUUUGUUAAAUAACAGUCACAACACAGUUACAAAUAAAACAUGGCUCUGGAACGUAUGUUGAUCGAUUGUCGAUCAAUUUGUCAUUUGUCGACUAUACAGUAGAGCCUCGCUAUAGGCCAUAUUUGGUUCCAGAUUUGACACUUGGGUCGCACUAUAGUCUAUGUCAUUUUUUAAAAUGAUCAACGACUUUUAGUAUUGAAAUUACUCGACGGCUUCCACUUUCUUUGCGAUUGUGGUAAUUGUCUUCGCUCUCUUCACUAUGGAUCACAAUUAUCACAACUAUUCAAUAAAGUUUGCCAAAAA